AAGUAUCUGUGAGUAGAGGACGACGACCUGAACUAAAAUGAAACAAGGCGAAAUGCAACGUCCAGUCAGAUGGCUACAUCUGAGUAGCGUUACUGCGCGAGCCGGAGCGGACUCGAAAAUUAAACACCUCUAUUUAUUAAUUCGAUGAACUUGUACCAGAACAAUGUAAAGCCCUGUUUUUGAUACAAACAAAUAGCUGUUGCAUCUAGAUAGAUUUCUUAUAAUUGAUAACGUUCCAAUUGUGCAGACAGUAAUGGACGUAGGUUCAACGAUCGGAGGCACCUGAUGGGAUGCCAGCUUGGAUUGGGCUGAUUAGAUGCUCCCAUGACGCGCGCUUGGUGACGUCUGGCCCCCGCCAGUGAAGCGGCGCCAACCGGUUGCUGCAAGUUGCUGCUCAUUCUCCGAUCGACCAUGUCGCUGACGAAGCUCUUCCUCCGCCGCGCUGCCGCCCCUCGCACCCGCUCGCGCUCCUCGCUGUCGUACGCGACUCGCGCCUUUUCGAGCUCCGCCGAUGAGGGUACGUGGGCACACCAACAUGGCUACACUGUUGUUGAUAUGAGUCAAAGCUGACGUGAACGUCAACGUUUCCCAUUGCAGUCGAGCCCGAGCCGGUCUCGUUCGAGGACAUCAGCACGGCGUCCUACCGCAUCCGCGAGGGCAUCCAGCAGACCCAGUGCGAGUACUCGCCGCUGCUGUCGCAGCGCAUGGGCGUGGAGCUGUUCCUGAAGAAGGACCACCGCCAGAUGACCGGCAGCUUCAAGGAGCGCGGCGCGCGCAACGCACUGCUGCAGCUGAGCGACGAGGAGAAGAAGAACGGCGUGGUGGCCGCCUCGGCCGGCAACCACGCGCAGGCGUUGGCCUACCACGGCCAGCUGCUCGGCAUCCCCGUGACGUGCGUCAUGCCCAAGGUGGCGCCGCUGACCAAGAUCGCCCGCUGUCGCGAGCUCGGCGCCCGCGUCGUGCUGCACGGCGAGCACAUUCUCGAGGCCCGUGACAAGGCCGAGGAGUUUGUCCGCGAUGAGGUGAGGACAAGAUGACUGUUGCAUUGGUUUUGAGUGACCUGAGAGACUGACAGGGUGCUGCUGCUUACAGAACAUGGUGUACAUCAACGGAUUCGACCGCCCGGAGAUCAUCGCUGGCGCCGGCACCAUGGGCAUUGAGAUUCUGAACCAGGUGCCGGAUGUCGAUGCCAUCGUUGUGCCUGUGGGUGGAGGUGGCCUCAUUGCCGGUGUCGCCCUUGCGGUUAAGACGCUCAGCCCGAAGGUCCAGGUGAUUGGUGUCGAGCCCGAGUAUUGCUCGAGCUUUUCGGAGGCUCUGAAGGUUGGCCGGCCCGUGAACAUGCCGACGCAGCCGACGCUAGCGGAUGGUCUUGCUGUGCCUUGCGUCGGUGUGAACGCGUUCGAGAUCGCCCGUAACUGCGUCGACAAGGUGGUGACUGUCUCGGAGCGCUCGAUUGCUCUGAGUGUGCUGCGUCUCGUCGAGAUGGAGAAGGUCGUCGUUGAGGGCGGAGGUGCUUCGUCGCUGGCUGCGCUGAUCGACAACAAGCUGCCGGAGCUCAAGGGCAAGCGUGUUGUGCUGCCGCUUACGGGCGGUAACAUCGACACCCCUGUGCUCGGCCGUGUCAUUGACCGUGGUCUGGCCGCCGAUGGACGCCUGGUGCGCUUCGUGGCCACCGUGAGCGACCGUCCCGGUGGUAUCGCUCAGCUGACCUGCUUCCUGCGCGACUUCGGCGUGAGCGUGAAGGACAUCUACCACGAGCGCGCCUGGGUGCACGCGAGCAUCUCGCACGUCGCAGUCAAGUGCGUUGUCGAGACGCAGUCGAGCGAGCACGCGCUUGAGCUCAAGCAGCGUCUGCAGGAUCAGGGCUACCCUCUCAUCUGGGAAAGUUUUGCCGGUGGCCAGGCCCCCGCUGUCGAGCUCUAAGCUCACGAUAGAACUUUUAAGCACUCGUGCGCCAUGUAAGUAGAAUAUCGAUGAUUUUGUUUAUCGCUUUUGUUUUCAAUCCUGGGCUCCAACGUCUACGGACUAAUGCUAAUACCAUCAGCAUCUACAUCUCGGCCAGCUCUCCCAGGUAAAUGUUCUUGUCACUGCUGCACGAGCCCACGAUGGGUUCUGUGGGGUGGAAGGUGGCUUCGUUCACGCUGCCUGUGUGUCCGGGCAGGUGGUAGCGCAGGUUGCCCGUCUCGGCGUCCCAAAUGUACACGUAGCGGUCAGCCGAGCCGCUCGCUACGAAGCGCAUGUCCGACGACCAGCCGCAGCGAAUGAGCGUGCGGUCGAAGCUGUGCUUGGCGCCCAUGAACGUCGUCUUGAGUCGCUCUCCCUUGACGAAGGGCCGGACGUCCCACUUCCUCACCGUCGAGUCCAUGGCAUUGGACAGCAGGUAGCUGCCGUCGGGACUGAGACUCACUCCGGUGACGAUGUCCGCGUGGCCCUGCAGCACCGUGCUCACUUCAUCCUUGCGGAGGUCCCAGAGCUUAAUGUCCCCAUCCAGUCCGCCUGCAAUGACCUGCGAGUUGUCGCCGGAGAAGCACACGGCCGUGACCUGGAACUUGUUC